GUUAGUUCGAUCGGCCCAACGGAUUAUAUACAUUAUUUUAGUUAUUUUGAUAUUUCGUACGUUCAUCAUAUUGUAUUCUAGACAUUUUGUGUACCCGACUAGAUUUAUUUUUUUGUUUUAUAAAUAUUUUAAUCAUGAACUGUUCGYUGGUAAAAUCACCCGGUCCAUCCGGUAAACCAGUGGUCACUAUUACAGCCAGUGCGGCAGCGAGCGUAACGGCCGCUGCCAAGGCGGCGAUGAGCAAUGCAUUGAAAGACAACGAGCAGAUAAAUGACGCUGUGAGCAAAGUUUUGGGUGGAUACGAUUGGACUCUGGUGCCGGUUCCUGCCAAACCUCCUACAGAGAAGAAAAAUUAUCAUGUAAAGAGACCAAUGAACGCUUUUAUGGUCUGGGCUCAAGCAGCACGUCGCAAGCUUGCCGAUCAGUAUCCACAACUUCACAAUGCCGAGCUUAGUAAAACGCUUGGACAAUUAUGGAGACUUUUGAGUGGAGAUGAUAAACAGCCAUUUAUAGAAGAGGCUGAAAAGCUGCGAGUGCUCCACAAGAACAGAUAUCCCGAUUAUAAAUAUCAACCACGUCGACGCAAGGCGGCUAAGGGCAUGCCAAAGAUACAGGACAAAUCAAAGCAUGAUAAAUCUGAGCCAAACGAUCCUCAGUAUCAACGGAAUUUAAAACAUGACAUGUCGAUGAACUGUAACAGCACCACUAGUAAUCGAUCAAUUAAACAAGAAAUGAUUCCUGCYAGCUCAUCAUCGACCAGUAGUAAUAGUCCAUCUGGUUCAGCACCAGAACCACUAACUCCUCCUACUACUCCAAACUAUUACCCAGCCAAACUCAAAAACGGCUAUUGCAACACUACGCAUACUAUUUGUUACGGUGGUGAAUCGGGUGAAUCUGCGAUAGAUUACAGUCUAGAUUUUGGUCGUAUGGAUGAUCUACCGGCGGUGGAGGCUAUUGGAGCUGACAUGGUGGACAGUUCGGAACUGGAUCAGUACCUAACAAUGAGUAACCAAUAUCCAUCCACGUCAAGCAGUUGUGUUGACCCUGGUGAACAAUAUUAUUAUCAUGCCAGGUAUCACGAAAUGCAACCGAAUACGGCCAAGCAACAUUUUUCGGUACAUCAAACGUCAUACCUGCCGCCUUAUCAAAUUCUGCCGCUUUAAAUGAUGACCCACUUAAAGAUUUUAAGCUUGUCUCAAUAUAUACAUUUCACGAUUUCACCCCUUUCUCAGCAAACGUAACAGUCAUUAAAUUAUAAGGGGAUAAACAUAAGCUAAUCAUAAUUAAUUAGUUACAACCACUAAUUUCCAUUUCAAUGAGAUUUUAAGCUUUGUUAAUACUACAAAAUAUAUUUCUCUUGUAUAAAUUAUAUUUAAUGUAAUUGUAAUUUUUAUGCAUCAUUAUAAUUUAGUGAAAACAUGAU